UCCAGAGUGAAAAUCCUUUGGUCGCGGCUGCAGAUGGGGAUGAAAAGGGUCUCUCCCCAGGUGGCUGAGAGGGGCUGUUGCCAAGAAGGAACUGGCGGCCUCAUCUCUGGGGCAAGGGCUGCUUCGUCCCCGGCGGCAACUCGACUCUGGCAAGGCUCCUGUGUCUCCGACAGCCUCGCCUGUCGCUUCGCAUCAGCCUCGCCCUUUGCCCAGCCUCCUCCAAGCCCUUAAUCCGGUGAUCCUCCGGGGUUAUAAAUAUUAAUGCCCACCACGAGCAUCAUCACCACCAGCAGCGCCUUCCCGUCGGGGCUAUAAGCGUCAGAGGACGGCUCAAGUCACUAUGACCUCCGCCACCACUAGUCCCAGCACAUCCUCCACCUCCAGCGAAUGGCCCCCUCACCACCACCACGAAGGAAGGCUGGGGACCCCAUCCAUGCUGGACCUGUUGGCCGAUCUCAGCACCGAAGGGCUUCCCCGACUGGCGGCGGCCCCUUUGGAUCUCUACGCAUUCCCAUCCGGCGCUCCCUUUGGGCAAAGGUCUUCUACAGCCUCCGGAGGACUGCUCCGCAUGGGUGAGGAAGACCCCGAGGUGGAAGAAGAAGACGAGGGGGAGGAGGGGGAGGAGGAAAGAGAACGGGGGCCAGAUGGAGGGCUGAGGAGGGCCGCUUUCCUGGGCAGACCCAAGCGCAAGCGCCUCAUCACGCACACCCAGCGCCAGGCGGCCAACGUGCGGGAGAGGAAGAGGAUGUUCAACCUCAACGAAGCCUUCGACCAGCUGCGCCGGAAGGUGCCCACCUUCGCCUACGAGAAGCGCCUCUCCAGGAUCGAGACGCUGCGCUUGGCUAUCGUCUACAUCUCUUUCAUGACCGAGCUGCUGGAGGGCCGCGGGACCAGCUAGGGCGAGGCGGGGGCGCCGUCCAUGCAAGGAUGGAGAGCACUCAGAAGCCCAUAGCUGCGCGCUCCCAAGGCAGGCUGGAAGGCGGGAGAGAAGACGCAGGGAGACAUUUCCUUCAGGCUGAAGGCAGCUCCUGAGUCGGUCUUCUCUAGAGAAGCUAAGGAGCGGGCGCACGUCGAGGCCAUAUAACUGGCACUCUUCAGUUAUCACGGCUGACUUGCAACGAAGGACUCCUCUGCCGCUUCUUUUGGACGGGAGAGGAGAUCUGAUGGGAUGAUGCGGCAACUGACAAGGGAAAGGGGUCGUUUGGACCCCCGGUGGGUGACCUGACACGCUUACUUCCCGAGAGUUGGGAUCCCAGGGCCAUUUGUUUUCAAAGGAGGGAGCCAGAAAAAAAAAUAUUCUGAGGGGUCUGCGCAGAAUGGGCAAAGUAUAUUUCUAGGUGGGUGAGAAAAGAAAAUAGCAGCUUUUUAAUUAUAGAGGUGCAGAAAUGGGGGAGAAGUGGGGAUUAGCUCCUUGUUUGUGGGGCUUCUCCCCUCUGGCGCCGCCCAGCUGGGGGUGCGGUUCCAGGCAAGGAAGGGCGCACUGGACGAAAGUUGGAAAGACACGGAAUAAAAUCCAGGCGAUGUAGAAAAGGAGAGAGAGGAAAAAUGCUACGGGAUGUGAAAUUAGCAGGUAGCUUGGAACAUUAAAGGGAAGCUGAAAAGGGUUUUUGAUUGAGUUUAGGGGCUGUAAUGGCUGUGGGAAGAAGAGAGUGGAGAUGAGCAGAUUGGGGGGGCAAAGGCAUUUCCAGUCACGGGCGUAGCGGGGGGGGCAGAGGAGGGCAACUGCCCCCCUAGAUCAUGUAAAACAAUAAAAAUACUUAACUAACUGACCAAACACGUUGGUUCGGCCCCCUUAACAAAAGCCCUGCCUCUCUUAACAAAGUCCUGCCCCCCAAAAAAAACCCUUGGCUACGCCCAUGCCUCCCGCGCCUCUCUCUCGCCCUCUUUCAGAAUGCGGGUUGCGAUGCACCUGUUUCCAUUUCCUUGCUUUUCCAUCUCGGCAAGGGAAGGAAGGCAAGACACUUAUUGAGGAAAGGCUUCUUGGGGAUAAUGUGAGUGUAGCGGAAUACAGAGGAAUUUGUGGAUCCCCAGAGUGCUGGGUGGCUGUCAGUUGGCCCAGAUUUGUUCACAGUUCCGUUUUCCAUUUUCUAAUUAACGCCCCAAUCACCCACCCCUCCUCCCAGCGAUGGGUUUUUUACUACCACAAAGUGAUCAGAUGUAAUCUUUGUUUUGACAAAAAUGAACGAUUAUGUUUUAAUGAUCUUCCUUCUCUCCUUCAUACAUAGUCAUCUGUUCCAUCAAGGAACUGAAAUGCUGGUGGGGUGGGGAAGCUGUCCAAUUUUCAGGAAGGUGGGGGCCGAGAGAGCAACGACCACACACACACACACACACAGUCUGCUCAAUCCACAAGCCAUAUGGUUUUAACCACUAAGCAAAGUCAAAUACGUUGUAAUGUAUGAAUGAAGACAUAGGUGGAUUGCUUCUUGCUCCCACCGCCACCAUCUUUGGUACAUGUGCUAGGGGGCACUUUGGCAUCAAAUCCACACUCAUGUGCCCCCCCCCCCCGCAAAGAAGGAAAAGAUGCUUCCAUCACAUGUUCCAAGGUGAACACUUUCCCCCCGACGUAGAGUUUAAUUUCUGGAUCAUAUAAGAUAUCAUGUGAAGUGGUAUUUGUGCUUCCAAGUACUUUGGCUGAACUGGAUUGUCUGUAACUUUAAUAUAUCCAUCCAGGUUCAAUGUAGUGUUUGUUGCUUCUCUCUUUUCUAUUUGACUCCAGUGAAAUGUAAAGGCAAACUGUAAGGGCAUUCACAAUUUGCAUUAGAUGCCAUUGUUGCCUUUGUAAAAGUCUGGAACUAUGCCAGAAAGGCACUCCUUUGUAUUUCUGACAAUAUAUCUAUCUCAGUUGAAAUUUGCCUCCCAAUAUUCUUUUUAUUGAUAUUAUAUUGUCUUAGGUGGCUUCCAGACUCUCACUUUUUUGCAGGUGGGAUUCAAGUGCAUAUCCGCAAAUUCAGGCUAUCCAGUUACAGUGGCUCUCUUGUGCAACGAAACCUGCUUGAGAAAGAACAGGACUUUUUGUGGUGAUGGGGAAACUGCACUGGAAAGUGUGGGGACAACUAUUGCUUGAUGCAACCUUGUAUAACCUCCCCACAAGCAUUUCAGAAUGCAUGUGUUAUAAAUAGCUGGUGUCGUAUAAGUUCCCUACAAACUAAUUAGGAUAAUGCUCAAUAAACUGGAAAUGAUCUAGAUUA